CAUCAAGUCAUCACAUUUAUGGCAACACGUAGAAACACAUUCUUUGACAACUAACAUGAGAGCUUAUCUCUACGGUGACGCCAACGCUGCUGAGUUUGCAAGUCUCUUGCUGCGAGUUGGGAACGGUCAUAUACCGGUAGUUGAAGGACGUCAUACCAUCUUCAUUCCAGAAGAUCUUGGCACAGUUACCGACUCUCCUCAGACCUUGAUAGAGCGAGUGUACCCAAACUUGCAACAUCACUACCAAGACUUCGAAUGGCUAAUGCAACGAGCUAUUCUCGCACCACACAAUGUCUCCAUUCGUGAUAUUAACUGGGAGAUGCUUCAGCUGUUUCCUGGAGAGAUAAAGAUCUAUAAAUCAAUUGAUACGGUCAGAGAUGAUGAUGCAGUACACUAUCCCUCGGAGUUUCUUAACUCCCUGGAACCUGCUGGUAUGCCUCCUCAUAAACUGGCUCUAAAGGUGGGAAUUCCUCUAAUGGUUGUUCGAAAUCUGGCUCCUGGGAUUGCAAACGGCACACGUCUUAUACUAAAGAGAAUGAUGAACAACUGUCUGGAAGCAACUAUUGCUACUGGACCGCAUAAAGCCCAGGACGUGUAUCUGCCAAAGAUACCACUAAUUCCCAGUGAUACUGGACUACCAUUUGAAUUCAAACGACUUCAGUUUCCAGUUAAGGUCUGCUUUGCUAUGACUAUUAACAAGGCACAAGGGCAGACCUUAGCUGUGGCAGGGCUAGAUCUACACGAGCCAUCCUUUAGCCAUGGACAGCUUUAUGUUGGCAUUUCUAGAGUUGCCUCCAAACAUGGACUAACUUUCUUGGCAAAAGAAGGAAAAACCAAAAACGUAGUGUACCAGGAAGUGCUGUCGACAAGAUGAUCAUCUUUAUAUUCACUGCAGGCAUUCAUGCCCAACAUCACCUAUGAUGCUGGCCAACAGCGACUGAACCAGGGUUAGCUUAGAAGAGGUUGACUGUUAAUAGGAGUGUGCAAGCACUCCAUGACAUCUCAGACUGUGCCUUUGCAUGGCUGUACAUUCAGCCCAACUGAACAUUCAAGACACCGCUUUUAAUCAUGCACACAUGGUCAAUUAGAUAAACAUUAAUGACUAACGACUAAACAGACAAAACACUACAAUAAUGCACUAAAAGGUAGGUAGACAAUAUGUAUCACACAGCAACAAACAGGACAAAGUAGACCGUUUUGGCGGCUGCAGCAGCUGGUGAUGCAUCAAUUUCUCAAAGAGACCUAUGCUGAAGACAUCAAGCAGGGAUGAUAACCAACACUCUAGACCAGAGAGUUUGGAAAUCUACAAAGAUCUCUCUAUACAAACUGUACGUGACUUGGCUACACCCCCUCUGCCUCUCCAACCAUCAAACGCAUUUUUAGAUACUCUCUGCUGUAAUCUCUACCUAUAAAAGCGACCUGUCUGUCUGUUUGUGUGUUUUUCUGUACUGUCUGUCUGUCAUUAAUAGCAAACAGUGUCUGCAAAUCAAUAAUUUGUGUCAUUAAACUAUUACCCGGGUGUUGUCCCCCGGGUGUUGUCCCCCGGGCGAAGCCGGGCAUUGGA